UAUGAUUAAGCGCAAUUGCUUUUAAUAUGGGUUUCAAUUUCAUUUGCAUCUGGCGCGUUCCUACUUUGCCAGUAGUCUCUCUGUUGUUCCCAAUUCAUCCGUUUUGCUUAUCAAAAUGUGUUUGAAACAUCGCAUUGUUCUUAUCGCUGCUUAUCAGGAUUCUGAAGAUAAAGUGUGUUCGUGGGCUGCCUUGCAAGACAAAAACAGCGAGGGGGUGAAACCAUGCGACAGCUCGUCAUUAGCGUUCGACGACUGGCGGCAGCGGCGUCAGCGGCAGGGACGAGUGUGUUGGUGCUACCUAGCCAGCAGCAGGGGACGAAGUUGGCUGUGCGUACGAUUGCCAGCAGUGCCGCGGCGUACAUAAAGUCGUCAACAACCUGUCCUUUUGCUCAGACCGCAACGUUAGCGCAGGGGGUGAAAAUGUUGGAUUCACGCAAGCCCUUCACGGAAGAUUUCUUCUUCAGACAGCUGUUCGAUGAGCAAUCCCACACCUAUUCGUACCUGUUGGCAGACAUCACGACGAAGGAAGCCAUCCUGAUCGAUCCCGUACUAGAGCAGGCGAAACGUGAUGCUCAGUUGAUCAAGGAGCUUGGAUUUACGCUGAAAUAUGCCCUGAAUACUCACAUGCACGCCGACCAUGUCACCGGCACCGGUUUCCUCAAGCAGCUGCUACCCGGCACGGUAAGCGUCAUCUCGCAAAGCAGCGGUGCCAAGGCGGACAAGCAUCUAGUGGACAACGAAACGGUCCAGUUCGGGCGGCACGAGCUGCGAGCGAUGUCCACGCCCGGCCACACGAACGGUUGCAUGACGUUCCUGGUCGAGGAGCAGGGCAUUGCGUUUACUGGCGAUACGCUGUUGAUUCGAGGUUGCGGACGCACCGACUUCCAGGAAGGUGAUUCCCGCUCGCUGUAUCGUUCCGUGCACGAGCGCAUCUUCACACUGCCGGAAAACUUCCGUCUGUUUCCGGCGCACGAUUACAAGGGUAACAUGGAAACGACGGUUGCAGAAGAGAAGCGGUACAAUCCACGGCUUACUAAGGAUGUGGAAGCGUUCGUCGAGCUGAUGAACAAUUUGAACCUGCCUUAUCCGAAGAUGAUUGACAAAGCUGUCCCGGCGAAUCGUGAGUGUGGUUUGUUUGACAUUCCGAAGGACGCAUAAACUCUGGUGAUAAACGGGUAGUGCGGCUAGGCGAUUUUUUAAAUAUUUGCCUGCGAAAAGCCGAAAGUAUUUACGUUGUUGGACGUCACAAGGUAGAAGUAUGAAUCGGCCUAGAAAGUUGUUGCAAUAUUUUGUGUGUAUGAUGUAGUAGCUUUUUUCUUUCCUUUUGGGAUCUUCUUGGGGUUUUCCAUCAGACUCCAAAACUGUGUCCAAAUUUGGAAUUUCACUUGCAAAGGAGUUGUAGUAGGGUUAGCUUCGCUCAUGUUUGACUUAUGCAAGGAUUCUACAAUUGCAUUGCAAAAAUAAAACGGUUACUUUUAAACAAAA